UUCCAUUGGCCCAGCGUGUCCAUGAUCUCGAUGCGUGUAAGAUGAGAGCUCUGUGGCAAGUCAACCGCUGGAUGCCACGUUCAUCUGCCAAUGCUGGCUAGCUUUUUACGCCAUCAGACGUUGAGCUUUGACAAGCGCUUGAGACUCUUGAGUUCCACGAGUUCGUCCACAUCAUCCUUCCCUGCGGGAAGCACAGCCACAUCUUCUCCCUUAAGACACAGACUGGUGAGAACUAAACCUUCUGAUCAGCCUCUAAAACAACUCAAUCCUUCGGCACUUGGACGUUUGGGAUUAUGUUUCUGUUUCCCUGAGAAGUCUCCGACGUAGCAUUGCAUUACUCGUACCAUGGUGCAAAAUGGGUAAAUUUGAGGGGUCUUUCACACACAUAUGAGAUUGUCUCGCGGUGGAGGUGUUCUCGCCGAUGGGUGUGGUUGAGCCCCCGUUCUCUUCAAACAUGACAU